GAAAUGGUCAGUGCAUAUCUAACAAUUGUCCUCCAGCAACUGCUCGGAGUAUAAUAAACCGAUAGAACCCAAAUGCAAUACCAAUGGAUCACGAUGCGGAUGAUACAGCUAGGCUGACUCUUGAUCUCCUGGAGGCCCGGCUACGCCAGGCUGAGUAUACAAUCUACGGACAUCUCGAUGGCAAUGCCAACAGCCGCAAGCGGAAGUCAGUGGCAGAGCGGCUUCACGAGCUAGAGAAGGGUCUGGACGUGAUCACUGCGAAGUCCAAGGUUGCUCAGGACCUAUUGAAGCUUCGUGCGCGACAUCCCGAUCUCUUCUACAGCCCCGAUAGCGAGGUCCCGCCAUCUCUGCUUGACCUACCCUCCAAAUCAGCCAUCGUCCUCUCCUCGGCAGCCUCAUUCCCGCUGACCGCCUCGAGCCUGACGUCGAUACGCGAUACCCCUAUACCUGAGGCCGAGCGGUCCGCCAAGAUCAUCGCGACAAGACCUCAAGUCUCGGAGCUCGAGGCACUCCAGGCCGCGCAGACGAAGACUAUUGCGUCGCUGAAGGAGCGCACAGCCGCCGUCCUCCAGCGGUGGUACUCUGUGGACAUCUUACAAUCCGGCGAGCACUGGGCAGAGAUAGAGGGCAGGAUUGACACCAUGGAGCAAGGCGUACGCCGAGCAGAAAUCGCGCGGCAGGAGGAGGAAGCUACUGGAUGAGACAGACAACGGCGGCUGAGGUGUGAGUGAGAGGAAUAGGGAGAUACAAGAUGCAGCUUCGAGUCAGAGACUCCGAGGGCGAGCAGCAGAUUUAUGAUGAGUUACGAUUAUAAUAGUACAAUAUGAUGUACGGAUCAGGGUAUUCAGUGAAGAAGGCAGAAGACCGUUUUGACCGUUGACCGACCCUUUGAACCUUCACCUGACUGGGCUGUGGCUAAUCUAAUAUGAUAUGGCAAUUAGCGGAGGCCAGGAGGAGAGGAGAGGAGAGGAGAGGAGAGUGCUGGAGUGGCUGGAGUAUGUAAGUAAGGAUUCUGAAACGAAGGAGGAGUAACGGAUGGAGCGUGUCCCAUGCAAGCGAACCAAAGAAGUGAAAGAAAGGGCGACGCGAUGGACGGAGGAGGCAGGCGGGGCGAUAAUAUACAAUUUCUCAAAC